GCGUCCUUAAUGUAUGUUCCUCGCCUCCCUCUUCAGUCUUAUUGGGUCGGUUUCUUGUGUCGCUCGCAUCCUCUGGACGCUGAUUCGAGACCUCAGAUCGGAACCCUAGUUCGGGGGCAAAAACCCUAACCAUCCUCUCGAUCGAAUCCAGGGCAAGAGAAACGAAUCUGCGGAGGAUUCUUGUAGCGCCGACCGUGAUUUUGGCGUUUCUGGGACAUAGUUCUUGCGGAAUUGUUGGGUCGGGGGUGGGGGUUUUGAGGGUGGAACACAUGAAGGAUCCCCCCGAUCGGACGAAGGUUGUGAUGCGGCACUUGCCGCCGGCGAUCUCGCAGUCGGUGCUGAUGGAGCAGAUCGAUGGCAGGUUCGCCGGCCGCUACGAUUGGGUGUGCUUUCGUCCCGGGAAGAACAGCCAAAAAGACCAAAUACAUUCUCGAGCAUAUCUUAACUUCAAUAACCCAGAAGAUGUGGUUGAGUUUGCUGAGUUCUUUGAUGGACACAUUUUUGUCAAUGAGAAGGGUGCCCAGUUUAAGGCUCUUGUAGAGUAUGCACCUUCACAACAAGUUCCAAAUAUAUGGUCAAAGAAGGAUGGUCGAGAAGGGACUAUAUCUAAGGAUCCUGAAUAUAUGGAGUUUCUUGAGCUUAUAUCAAAGCCGGUGGAACAUCUUCCUAGUGCUGAGGUUCAGCUGGAGAGGAAGGAAGCUGAAAGAGCUGGUGCGAAGGAAACACCUAUUAUAACACCUCUAAUGGAUUUUGUUCGACGAAAAAGAGCAGCUAAAGUUGGCGUUCAGGGACUAUCAAGUGGUCGUAAAGUCAACAGAAGAGGUUCAGGGGUUUCUUCUGGCAACUCAAGUUCUUCUAAAAGAGGCCCUCAGAAGCGCAAGGGCACUACUUCAACUUAUGUUCUAAGGAACAAUAUGAAAAAGGGGAGUGCCAAAGAAAAACCAACUUACAUAUUAAUGUCGAGGAGAGAAGAGCAGCAGCCUCAAGUAGAUAAAUCUGUGUCUGUAGCUUCUGCAAUGGGAAAAGAAGCUUUAGAAGAUGAACUUGCUUCUGGAGCUGUUGAAUGCGGAAAGAGCAAACUCAUGCUGUUGAAAGGGAAAGAGAAAGAAGGUUCUGAUCCAUCUAGAGGAGUGCCGCAACGGCAGGUUUUUAUGCCUUUAGUAAAAAGGUCACCAACUUCAUCAUCUACACACCAGGCAAGUGAAAGAAUCACUAAAAGCAUGCUCUCAAGGGAAGGGCGUUCGUAUUUAUCUUCAUCCCAUCCUGAGCUGCAAAUACACGAGAUAAAUUCGAAGAAGGACAAGCGCCCACCUUUGCCUCCCAAUGCAAGCUUAAAUGUGAAGGAUUAUAUAUCACAUAAUCGAUCACUUGAUUCUGUUUCUGAUGGUGAUAGUAAUUCACAUGCUGCUGCCUAUGAAAGGUCAAUAGGUCAUGGAGAUAGAAAAUCUGACAUGUCUUUUGUCAGUAGAAGUGAGGACAUGAAAAUUCAUAGAGGUGGACGAGUCAGUCUUUCUGCAGUGGAGAAUGGUUAUCAUAGGCAUGUUGGCCGUCGUGGAUUAGCACGAGAUAUAAAGGAAGUGGAUGGCUCUUUGAGUGUAACAGAGGGAAAGAGUUCCAAGAGAGGAUCCACUGGCUACAGUUCCCAUGAGAGACAAGUAUGGGUUCAGAAAUCCUGAUCUGAUUCGUGAAUUUUCUUAUGAAUGGAUACAUGUAUUGCUGUGGAUUUGUCAAACUGCAGCAACAUUUUGGCUGUGGAGCUCAGUCUACUCUCACUACUGGAUCCUGUGAAGUGCAUAACAGCAAACCCUCUUUAGGUAAUGCUGCUUAAAGUAUGCUAUUGCCGAAUUGUUCUCGCGAGGAAUAACAGCUUCAACUAGAUCAAAGGCAGCAUGCUCAAAAGACGCUAGCAGGUGAAAUAAAUAAGCUAAUGGGUCUGCGAGUUGCAAAGAUGAAUGGGGUGCUUGGAUGGAUGAUUUCUUAGGUUGGAAAUGGAAGAUGUGUCUUUAUCGCUCUGAACAGUUUUGGUUGGUUACCAUGUUUUUGGCAUGAAGACCUGAAAGUAUUGCAGAAGAACAAGGAAGCUUUCUUAGUCAAUUGCUCUUGGUUAGAGAAUUUAAAGAAUACUUAAGGGGUCAGUGCGUCUAUCUGGCUAUUGUUUCAUAGGUUGGAGAAGUCUUACGACAUGGUGCCUAUGUGAUUUCUUGAUUUGCAGAAUGCUCUUAUGUAAUAGUAGGAAACCCCCUGUUCUAAGCACCGUGCCUUGUGUUUGUAUUUAGUUGUUGAUGAGAUUGAGAGAGUGGUCAAAAUGAGUUGAUUGUGGAUUGCACUCUCGGAAAGGUCUGCGGAUGAAAUUACUGUUGACUUAUAUAUGAACACAGUUUUCAUGUGUUGCCUUA